AUGGCACAAUUUAAUUGCUGGAUAUUUCUCUUGGCCAUUCGGUUUCUGUUUUUAUUUGGCACAGGCUAUAUCCAUCCUGAUGAGCAUUUCCAAAAUCCACAGAUACUAGCGCAGCUAAUGUAUCCACAUCUGUAUCUCUCUCAUUGGACGUGGGAAUGGCAGUCCUCUUUUCCUGUCAGAUCGAUAAUUGGUCCUCUUCUAAAUUCUGGAAUACUUUUCUAUUUGCUUGGUGAAAUGCCUGCAUCUGUAUUUGGAAGGCUAUUUUUGUCUAGGCUUGGCCCUUUUCUAUGGUCAUUGGUUGUUGAUUUGGUCAUCAUCCAGUCAUCUUUGCUUUUGGAUUGCAAUGGGAGCGUUGAUAUGUUGUUUUUUUACGCCUCGUCUUGGACAACAAUAAUUUUGGGUUGCAGACCAUUUAUGAACUCUUUCAUUUCCGUCGUUUAUGUAUUGUCUAUCGCAUGCAUAUAUCUUGUGCACAAAAAGCACCGGCUUUGCACUGCGAUUGCUUUCAUUCUUGGCCUUUUAGUUGCAAUUGGGUUGUGGUCUCACUCUAGCUUUGUAAUUUAUUCGAUCCCCAUUUGGAUCGGCUUUAUGAUAUUUUGUUCGUUUGAAAGUGCGGUGCCAUUUUUGGGAGGGCUCUCCUUGGCAGCCUCUGUUUUUUACCUGGUAGAUUGCUUUUUUUAUAACGACGGAAAUUUGAUGUUCCCAAUGAUUGUAAAUAACAUUCUGUACAAUAGCUCUGAGCACAAUCUUAGCCAGCAUGGAAUUCAUCCAAAGUAUCUGCACAUCGUUGUAAACAUGUUUAUCCUAUUUGGGCCUGCUUAUUUAUUGCUCCUCAUGAAUUUUAGCAUACUGGCAAGGACCAAAAAGUUGCUGUUAACCUCUUUUUUGAUUCCUCUAUUUUCGCUUUCAGCAAUUCCGCAUCAAGAACCUAGGUUUUUGGCUCCCCUUUCAGUACCGCUGCUAUUUCUAACAUCCUGUUGCCCUGCUUCCAGAAAAAGAGGCUUUUUGGUGUGUUGGAUCGUUUUCAACGCACUGAUGUGCUUGCUUUUUGGUGUUUUUCACCAAAGAGGCGUAAUUAUUGGUCUCGAUUUGGCAAGAAAAUUCCAAGCCAAACAGGUGAUAGCAUAUGCGGUCUACAUGCCCCCAAACUAUCUUUUGCCGACCGAUGUGGCUCUAACUGCAAAUCCAUCUUCGGAAUAUCUUUCAAGUCUUGAGUUUGAACGUCCAGCGCUUGUCGUCAUUCCGGAACUAAUUUUGCACAAGUUAAAUUUUUCCUCCUUAAGCAGUCUGGAAUUAAUUAAAACCGUUUAUCAUUUUGACUUUGAUCUGCUGCCUCAAUUUGGAUACACAUCCUCGUUGAGAACUACGUCUCGUGCACUGUUCCGCCAUCAUCCAAAUAAAAUGCUUUCGAGUGCUAAUGUUACUUCUGAUGAAACAUCCUGUUUUUCGAGAAAAGUCCAAUCAUCCGAACCUUCCAUUCUUCUUUCAUUGCCGCUUCAGCAGGCCGAUCCCGAGAUUUUUUCUCUCAUUGAGGAAGAAAAAUAUAGACAGCGGCAUGGGAUCGAGUUGAUAGCCUCAGAGGUCCCUGAUGGCGUAUUCGAUCAAAGCCCUAAAACAGUAGGAUUGCCUGGGGCCAGGUAUUAUGGUGGCAAUGAAGUUAUUGAUCGUGUCGAACGCUUGUGCCAGGAAAGAGCACUGACGGCCUUCUCGCUUGAUCCUGAAGAGUGGGGUGUUAAUGUGCAGCCAUAUUCUGGCAGCACCGCUAAUUUUGCUGCCUAUACCGCACUACUUGCGCCCCAUGACCGCAUAAUGGGAUUGGAUUUGCCCUCUGGAGGACAGUACUUUUUUUCGCUGAUUUCUUAG